AUGGCUCGCAGAAGAGACGUCGGACAACCGUCGAUAAAUAGCGUCAAUGACGAUGAUGAAGAAUCUAAAAAGAAAUCAAGUGAAAUAACGAAAAUGACCAUUUCAAAGAGCAAGAAUAAGCUAGAGAAGGAAGAAGAUAAUUUAGACAACUUCAAACAAGGAAUGGAAAUUGAUGAUCACAAACUGAAUCUUGUUGAUCUUUAUCAACGCUAUAAUACUGAUCCAAAAAGAGGUUUAUCAUAUUCCGAAGCUCAAAAAGUGUUUAAUCGUGAUGGUCCCAAUGCGUUAUCAUCGUCGAAGAUAAAACCAGAAUGGAUAAAAUUUUGUAGACAUAUGUUUGGCUACUUUGAGUUUCUACUUUGGAUUGGUGCUAUUUUGUGCUUUAUUACACACGGCUUUGAAGUUGUCACAUAUCAUGAAGAUGCAUCAAGUGACAAUUUAUGGCUUGGCAUAGCGUUGAUCGUUAUAGUAGUUGUUACUGGUUCUUUUUCAUAUUUUCAAGAUGCAAAAUGUUCACGAAUCGUGGAUUCGUUCAAAAGCAUGGUUCCUCCACAAGCACUUAUUAUUCGUGAUGGUGAACUGACGAAUAUACGAACUGAAGAUUUAGUAGUGGGUGAUAUUGUCACUAUCAAAUUUGGUGAUCGAGUGCCCGCCGACAUUCGCAUUCUCGAAUCGCAUGGCUUCAAAGUCGACAAUUCUUUCUUGACUGGAGAAUCAAAACCACAAUCGCGUUCUCCUGAAUUUACCAAUGACGAUGUAUUGGAAACGAAAAAUCUGGCUUUUUUCAGCACUUUUGCAACGGACGGCAUCGCCAAAGGUCUUGUCAUUCGUACGGGUGAUUAUUCCGUAAUGGGUCGUAUUAUGAACCAUGCUUCGAGUCUAUCCAAAAGUGAUACGCCAAUUACCAAAGAGAUCGUUCAUUUUAUCCAUAUCAUCACUGGUAUAUCCAUCUUUAUGGGCAUUUCCUUCUUUAUCAUCGCACUCAUUCUCGGCUAUCCAUUGAUCGAAGCAAUCAUUUUUCUCGUUAGUAUUGUCAUUGCCAUUGUGCCAAAAGGUUUCCCUGCUACUGUGACGAUAUGUUUAACAUUAACAGCAAAACGAUUGGCGAAAAAGAAUUGUUUGGUGAAAAAUUUGGAAGCUGUAGAAACUCUCGGUUCGACAUCAAUCAUCUGUGCGGAUAAAAUCGGUACAUUGACACAAAAUCUAAUGACAGUUGCUCAUAUGUGGUUUGAUAAUCAGAUCGUCGAAGCGGAUACUAGUGAAUAUCAACAAAAUGCCACCUAUAACGGGACUAUACCUGGUUGGUUGGCUCUGACGCGUUGUGCUAUAUUAUGUAAUCGAGCUGAUUUCAAACAAGAUCCAGAAAAUUUAGCACAGCCAGUGUUACAACGUCAAUGUUAUGGUGAUGAGUCCGAAGCGGCUUUACUUAAAUGUGUUGAACUAUCUAUUGGCAAUGUGAUCAAUUUUCGUGAGAUCAAUCGAAAAGUGUGUGAAAUUCCAUUUAAUUCAACAAAUAAAUAUCAAGUAUCAAUUCAUGAAGUGUAUACUGACAAUAACAGUGAAGUCGAUUCUCGCCCUUAUUUACUGGUAAUGAAAGGAGCUCCUGAACACAUUCUUGAAAGAUGUUCAAGUAUAUAUAUCGAUGGCACAGAUGUUGAAAUUAACGACUACUGGCGGAAUGCAUUCAACCAAGCUUAUCUGAAAUUGGGCAGUUUGGGAGAACGAGUAUUAGGUUUUUGUGAUUUGCGUCUGUCAAGUGAUGAUCAUCCGAAAGGCUAUCAAUUCAACGAGGAGCAAGUUAACUUUCCACUUGACAAUCUUCGUUUCCUCGGUCUCAUGUCGAUGAUCGAUCCACUAAGAGUAGCUGUUCCUGAAGCAAUAGCUAAAUGUCGUUCGGCUGGAAUCAAAGUAAUCAUGGUGACCGGUGAUCAUCCAAUCACGGCUAAGCCCAUUUCACGUGCUGCAGGCAUCAUUUCGCAAGACACAGAAACAGUCGAAGAUAUCGCUGAACGCGCGGGCGUUUCUCUACAAGAAGUCAAUCCACGUGACGCUAAGGCAUGUGUUAUUCAUGGUAAUGAUCUCAAGGCUAUGUCACCAGCUGAAAUUGACGCACUUUUGGAAAAUCAUCCAGAGAUUGUCUUUGCACGAACAUCUCCUCAGCAAAAAAUUACUGUUGUUGAAGGAUGUAAACGACAAGGUGCUAUUGUGGCUAUGAUAGGCGAUGGUGUGAACGAUUUACCAGCUAUGAAAAAAGCUGAUAUCGGAAUUGCUAUGGGUAUUACCGGUUCGGAUAUGAAUAGAGAAGUAGCAGAUAUGGUUCUAUUGGAUGACAAUUUCGCUUCAAUUGUAACGGGUGUCGAACAAGGUCGCUUGAUUUUUGACAAUUUAAAAAAAUCAAUUGCCUACAUGUUGACAUCGAACAUUCCCAAAAUGACUCCAUUUCUCAUGUAUUUUUUAAUGGGUAUACCAUUAGCAUUGGGAACUAGUACUAUUUUGUUUAUCGAUCUGUUAACUAUAAUAUCGGCCAUCUCAUUAGUUUAUGAAGAAGCAGAAACAGAUAUUAUGAAGAAACCACCAAGAAAUCCAAAACAUGAUCGACUUGUAAAUAAACGUCUCAUAUUGAUGACCCAUGGACCAAUUGGAUUCAUUCAAGCUGCUGCUGGAUUAUUUACGUAUUUUUCGAUCAUGGCCGAGAAUGGCUUUUUACCAUCGCGUCUUUUUGGUUUGAGAAAGUCAUGGGAAUCAAAAUAUGUCAAUGAUCUUCAAGAUUCCUAUAAUCGAGAAUGGACCUAUGAACAACGCAAACAACUUGAAUUUACAUGCCAAAGUGCUUUCUUUAUCGCUAUCGUCAUUUGUCAAUGGGCUGUAUUGAUCAUAUGCAAAACUCGACGAAAUUCUAUUCUAGAACAAGGCAUGAAGAAUCGCAUAUUAAAUGGUGUGCUUAUAUUUGAAAUUAUCCUAGUUGCAAUUGUCUCCUAUAUGCCUUGCUUAGGUACAGCUCUCAAUAUUUAUCCAGUGAAAUUUCUCUGGUGGCUUCCGGCAUUGUUCUCUGCUUUUUUGAUUUUGAUCUUUGAUGAGGUGCGUAAACAUCUCAUUCGGCAACAUCCUGGUGGAUGGAUGGAAAGACAAACUUACUUUUAG